GCGAUAACAUGUUCUGCGGCUGUGCUCAGUAACUGGUUUUUCCUUUCGAUUCAGGUGUGGCUAAUGCUAAAGAGUUUUAGCAACGCUCUUCGACGACUACACAAAGAAUUAUCAACUUCAUGGAUUUUCAUCUGUAGGCUAAUGAAGUUAAUCAUUUUCUUCAUCUACAUACCUUUUGUUUACUCAGCAUCACAUACCCUCAUGACUACUUACAAAGGACUAAAUGGACAGGUGGUUGCAGGAACACCAGAGUUUUCCACUGUAACUACACUGGAUGAACAAGAGAUUGAUUAUUAUGACAGUGAGACAGGGAAGCUGAUUCCCAGACAGGACUGGAUGAAGGAGUUUGCAUCUGGAGACAGAUGGAAACAAUACACUGAAAUCAGAGAACGAGUACAGCAGAUCAACAAAAUCAACAUUACUGUUCUAAUGGAGCAAUUCAGCCAGUCACAUGGUGUUCAUAUGUAUAAGAGGAAGUAUGGAUGUGUUUGGGAUGAUGAGACUGGAGUCACAGAUGGGCUUGAUGAGUACAGUUAUGAUGGACAACAUUUCAUCUCACUGGACCUGAAGGAGGGCAGAUACACUGCACAUGUACCGCAAGCAGAACCCACUGUGCUGAAGUGGAAAAAUUACAGAAGCAAUACUACAUUUGAUUUUCUGAAGCAAUACUACAAACAUGAGUGCAUUGACUGGCUGAAAGAGUUCUUACAUUUUUCUAGAGCUACAUUUAAGAAAACAGAUAUAGUCGCAGAGUUACCAGGGAAGAGUUUGACUGAGCCAACCGAGAAUCAGACUGACAGUAUCAAACCUGUAUCAUGUGGUUUAGUUAUUUUGAUCCUAGUUAUCGCUAUACUGAUUACACUACAACGGAGAAAGAACUUGAACAAACGUGGCAAAGAUGAGCAUAUAUAUAGCAAAACGUAUCCUUCAUCCAAUUCCUCUGACGAACCUGCAUCUCCAGAUAAUCUUGAGAAGCCCCUCAUUGUAUCUUCAGGGUGAUGCACAAAAUUACUUUCUAGAACCUUAAGCUUCACAGUUCCUCACCAGUGAAAGGAUCUUCACAGCCCUACCCAAGAACUGAGUCCUUUUAUAAAUUUCUGGAAACAUCUAAAGACUUUAAAAGUCUCUUUUCCACAAGCAUUCAGCUAUACUGUACAAACUUAAAAUAAUCCUCUUUAUACUUUACCAUUUUCUUUUAUCUCUAAUCUUGAGAUUUUAGCAUUUCUUUUAUAAUGAACCACUUUAGCCUCUUUUCCACCACCAGGCCAAACCGCUGUCUUCAAUAAAUCAUUCCAUUCCAUGCUAAUCUGGUCCAGCUGGUAUGUAUAUGGUUUCAUUUUCCACUGUGCCAAGCUCAAGAGGAAAUAUAACCAUAACCAUUUCUUACCAUUCUUCGAACCGACAGAGGAAAGGCGGCUUUUGUUGUAUUCCUCAUUUGUUGCACUGAAUUUUGUUAAAUGAGA